UGGAAUUGCUGUCCUAUCAGUAGUAACCAGACCGUAUCUGAUGAUAUAGCCAGAAUUAGAUUUUAUCGCAAUAAAAUCUGCCACACCAAAGACAUGGAAAUAAAUGAUGCAAAUUUCUUGCAUAUGUGGGGAGAAAUUAGACGUGCUUUGGUCAGGUUAGCCAAGAGUAUCAGCGCAGAGAUGGAAAAGAAAUGGCAGAGUGCAAUUGAUAAUUUUUUGACAGCUCCCCUUACGCCAGAUGAUGAGAGAAACAUUCACGAGUUGAAAGAGUGGUACUUUGAAGAUAAAGAAGUUAAGAAGGAGCUGGAAGAAGUUAAGAGAAAGCUUGAAGACAUGGAAGUGGCAUUCAACGAUUGUGGUAUGAUUUCAUAAAAAUUGAGCUAACGACCCCCCUUCUCCCCCGGAAUUUUGUAAUCAGCAUUUCCAAUUUCUUGGUAUCUAUUGAUUGGUUGGCCUUUGCAUCAAUUAAUGUAUUGUAAGCAUCAUCUCGAAAUGGUUGAAAAAAUUUUUAAAACUUUUGUUGUACUUGACAGUAACGAUGAUGGUCGUUUGUGGAAAAAUGGCGCAUAAAGGUGUAGAAGCUGGCAACCAAGAAACUCCAAGAUGCUCUCCGAAUGAUGUGUUAGCCACAAUUGCGGACAAAUACGUGAAGUCAGUAAAUCCAAGCAGUCCAGAAGAAUUUAAAACUUUUGCAGAAAUAAUGGAAAGAUUGCAGCUAGUCAUCGUUGGAAAUAAAUUGGGAAGCUUGCUCAUAACAGUCAAGUGUAACUCACUUCAGAUUCUGGAAAACCUUUGGAAAGAGUAUUGUUCAGGCCAUCUUGGUAAAAUGGUACAAAGCUGCUUUGCAUCAGAGUAUAUUCUGAGAAAGUUUCACUUAUCCGCACUUGAGCUCAAAACAACCAUCAGAGAGGAGGAUUAUGAAGCAUGUAAACAACACUUCAAGAAAAUUUCAGGUUAG